AUGCUGCACCUCAAGCACGCGUACUGCAGCGCCGAGGCGCGCAAGCCGUCGGUCCACGCCAUGCACGAGGCCGUCCAAGACGUCUUGCUGGCUAUGGACGUGUGCAGCAUCCCGUACGGACCACAGGAUUGGCCGGCCGUGAGCCAGAGCUGUCUUCCGGCCUUCCUCACGGAAAUGACGUCGUGGAAGGGUUGGCGUGACGUCUUCUCGAUCGAAGAUGUGGACGACGCGACGUCCAUCGAAACCGACACGUUCAAGCCUGCGAUCUUGUCGGCCGGCGUCGGUAUGAGCCAUGUGCGCUUUCUUCACGGCGCCAACGUCACAGUGGACACGGAUACGCACAUUGCGACGGUGCUCAAGAAGCCGUCGAGUCCGUUCAUGGCCGAUGCGCCGCUGCCGACCGAUGUUGGUGGCCUUGCAAUCGUCCAGCGCAUCGUCACCAAAGGUCGAUGGUACUGGGAACUUCUCUUGCGGCACCAGGGCACGUACCCCGUCUUUGUCGGCGUCGGCAACGCCACGGCCAACGUCAAUACACCCUACGUCUCGGAGGGUGUCACGCUGGCGUGGUCGCGCACGCACCCGAUUGGUGUGCUCCUCGACUGUGACGCCAAGACGCUCGACUUUUAUGCCGGGUACAAAAAGAUGCACACGGUUUCGCUCCAGGGACUCGCUUUGCUCGGCCUUGGCGUGGCCCCUGUCAUUGGUCUCCUCGACAGCGACCUCCAGUGGGACCUGUAUGCCCCCGUGCCACCGCGUAUCUGCGCCAUGGGACCGAAGCUCACGACACCAUUUGUGGCGGGUGGUCUCACGAGCGAGACGUUUGGCGGAAGUACGCUGUGCUGGAGCGGGCUCCUUAAAGGCCCCAAUCUGCAGCUCUCGGCCGACUGCUCGACGAUCAUUGCUGGCGACGUCAUGAUGGCGGCGCCCGUUCUCGAGUCGGUCGUUGCCAACAAGAGCUUUGCGGACGGUCAGCUCUACAUCGAGCUGUCUGUGCUCUCGGUGGGUCGCCGCGGCCACGGGCUUCUGGUGUUGAGUAUUGUCGACACGGCGUUCUCUGCCGUCCAUAGCGGCUUGUUGGACCACGGUCUCUCGGUCGAAUACAACGACGACGAGCUCGAGCAAGACCUCAUGGGCGUUCUCUUUGACUUUAACGAAGGUCGCAUCACGCUCUACCAGAAGCGAAAGGAAGCGCUGGUGUACGCUGUGGACCUCUCGCUACUCGAAGCGCCGUACGUGCCCGCGCUAUCGUGUCUCUGCAACGGGUCGGUCGUUUUGACCAACUUCCAUCCUCGCGCGCGGCCGCAGCUGCCCCUCUCGGCCGUGUACCCCGUCGCCAAAGGCACGUAUGCAACGUCGCUGGCCACCGAGAAGCAAGUGGGAAAGAACCUCGACUUGCUCGUCGUCUCGUGCGACGGCGGCGAGUUCAGCGUCUCCCACGCGGUCCCGAACCUCUUGCUUGACGACAACUCGGUGUAUAGCUCGUCUGUCGGCGCCAACGUCAACAUCGUGUUGAAGCACAUGAACGACACACCGUUCACCGUGACGUACGCCACGCUGCGCGGUCCGGGUGCGGGCUACACGGCACCGCUGCAGCACGCGGCCGUCUUUGUGUUGAGCUCGCUCCCCGAUUUGGAGGAGCUCGAGCAGUACAAUGGAUUAACACCCGACGAGUUUGCGGGUCUCCCAGCCGCGCCAAAGGAUGCCCACGCCAAGCGCGACGAGACGCAGCCCGUGCUCUACUUUGUGCUUGACGGCAACUGCUCCCAAGUGUCCAAACGACUCGCGACGCCCAUCACGGGUCGGUUUAUCGUCGUUAAGCUCCUUCGUCCUGCCGUCGGCAUGAACAUUGACGUCGGGUACAUGGGCUUUUGCGGCGCGUUCGAUAAAGAGAACGGACCUGCGUACAGCGACUUGUACUGGGACGACUACAUGUGCGUCGAGUGCCACGCGUGUCCCGUGCCGGGUGUUUGCUACGUCUGCGAGGAAGACGAGACGGUGAAGCUUUGUAGUAUUUGCUACGACGACAUGCGCGGCAACGUCGACGCCGCCCACUACGCGUGCAUUGCGUGCGAAGAUGAAGAUCGCGAAACGGCCACGUCCAUCUUGUGUCCGACGCGAUCGUCUUGGAACAGCACGGUCUUCGCCCUCUUUGAGCACAGCAAGCCGUCGUUGUCGGGUGACGAUGCCAUGAGUGGCCUUGGGCAUUUGAACGCCGAGCCCGAAGAGGUGUACGAAGACGUCGAACUCUUCGCUUGUGGCCAAAACAACUAUGGCGAACUCUGCCUCGGGCACUGCAACUCGACGUCCAAACUCGAGCACGUUCCUCUGUUUACAUCCAAGAGCGUCAAGCAAAUGACGGGCGGCAACGAAGUGCUUGCAGUCGUCAUGCGCGACGGUGUUGUGUACACGUGUGGCCUCAACAAGAGUGGGCAGUGCGGCAACGGUACUUUUGAGGAGCGCGUCGUCCUCGCAACACCCGUUCGGUCGCUCUCGGGCAUUCCCAUCAGCAUGGUGGCUGCUGCCAACGGCUGCGAGCACAUGAUUGCGGUCGCCGUCGACGGCUCGGCGUACUCGUGGGGGUACAACGACCGUGGUCAGCUCGGUCUCGGCUCGACGAUCUCCAAGUCGCACACACCCAAGCUCAUCGAGUCGCUUCACGAAAAGUACUUGAUUGUCUCCGCAGGCGUGAGCUACCACCACAGCGCCGUCGUGACAAGCAACGGCGAGCUCCUCACGUUUGGUAUGAACGACUGCGGGCAGCUCGGCUUGGACCACACGCAGCACCAGCACACGCCGCAGCUCGUCGAUGCGCUCUCAAGCCAAGUCGUGACCAAAGUGUCGUGCGGUUUGUACCACACAGUCAUCAUCACUGCGAGCGGCGACGUGUACACGUGUGGCAAGAACGACUAUGGGCAACUCGGUCUUGGCCACGCGCGCAGCGUCAAGGUGCCGAAUCACAUGAAGCUCAACCCGAGCGAGAGCGACGAGAAGGUUCUUUCGGGCUGGAGCGGCUACUAUCACACGACGCUCGUGACGGACAAGGGCAAACUUAUCACGUUCGGUCGCAACGACUACGGCCAGCUGGGCAUUGGCAGCAAGGAGCACAAGAAUUCACCGCACGUGGUGCCUCUGCCGCUAGGUGCCCAUGUUGUCUCGGCGGCGUGCGGCUGCUACCACACGCUAUUGCUGUUGGGAAACGCGCGUGUCAUGGUGUUUGGCCGCAACAACAAGGGUCAGCUGGGCGCGGGCGCGCGCACACUGCCGUCCGCGGACCUUCCCCUGCCGAUCCCAACGUCAUCCUACUCGGACGACGACGUGGUCGCGAUCGCGGCUGGCUUUUACAGCUCUUAUAUUCUCACGGGUCGCAAGAGCGACGGGUCGAAAAAGACGCCACCCAAAGACGAAGCAAGUGCCAAGGAGACGGACCAGCAAAAUGUGUCGUGCGAUGCGCUCUUCGAGUCGCUCAUGCGCGAGAUGGACCGGAACGCGCUCAGCGAGGCCAUGGACGAGACAUCGCCAUUGCUCUUGAAGCGCUCCAACACAUCGAAGAAGCUGCCGCUGCUCAAGCUGCUCUCGGGCGCGUGGGCCAUGACGCGUGCGCUCAUGUACCAGUCACUCCAGCACGUCUCGCACAAGGACAAGAAACCGACGGUAAACACCGUUUUGCGAGGCUUCCUUGUUGCGAUGCUGCAAAACCUCGGUGACGCAUCGACAUCGCACCAAACGCCGGUGCCGAGCCCACACCAGCGACUCUCGACCGAGGACGAGGGUUUCUUCAACCUCUCGGAUGCAUGUGUCGGACUGAUCAAGUAUGGUGCGUCCGAGCAGAGCAAGCCCGCGGAUGGACCGCAUGUCCUCUCGCAACUCUUUAGCAACCAAGUGCUUUGGGUGCUUCUCGCAUGCGGCUCGGUGAGCUCGGACGUGUGCUCCGUCAUGGCGUCGAGUCCGGUCGUGCUACGCGAGAUCGUCUCGGGGAUGCUGAGCUCGACAUUAUCGUCGUCGAUCAUUUGCAUGCGACUGAGCAUGCUCCUCUUCCCUCUGCAGUCGGUCUCGUCGGUCAACAAGGUCUUUCGAUCGCUGCCGUCGGUCCACGGCGCGUCGGAUAUUGUGUCGUUUCUAUUUUUGCUUGUGGGUGGUCCGAUGCUGCUGCGGCCGACGCUGUGCAAACACGAGAUGGGCCUCGAGUCCGCGUCGACGACACUUUGCAACUACUUCAACUGCAGCAAGGGCGUGUCGGGGGACGCCACGAUCCUAUCGGAGCUCCACCAUAUGCUCGAGAAGCACCACACCAACCAAGCCAAGUCGUGCGAAGCCGUGUCGUUGAUUCGGUACCUCACGCUCUUUCCGACAUGGAAGAAAGCGGUCGGUGCGAUUGUGUCGCGGUCGCUGGAGAAGACGGACCUCGUGGACGAGCUCUUACAGACCAUCACCAAGUUUUACGAGCAUUUUGCCGACGCCAACGAAGACAAUGUGUCGCUGGGCGUUGCCAACGACGAUGAAACCACACCGACGGAGGCCAGUACCGUCGAUGCCGUGCGCCAACCCGAGACGACGUCUCCCGAAAACGACGACGACGACGGCGACGCCCGCGGGACGCCGCACUCGCUCUCGUUUGAUAAGAAGGCUGCGGCGCUGCGCAAGAAGGCCCGGGAAGCAUUAGACCACGCGACGCUGCUCAUGGCUGCGAUCUGCGUCGUGGGCGGUCACACGGAAGUGCUUCGUGAAGGUGGUCACGUACUCUUUGAAGACCUCGAGAUGCGCGGUCGGUACAAGAGCGGUGUGCUCGUCGCGCUGAAAAAGUCGGCGCGUGGCGUCAUUGACGGCGCGGUUUCGCUCUUGGAAAAUAGCGAGGCGAUGUCGCUGCCAACGUUGUGCGUGCCGCUCAAGAGUCUCCAGGCCGUCGAGCGCAUUCCGGCGAUCCCCAACAUGUUUGACGACCACCUCGCGGACGCGCUUCAGGCCUUAUCCAAGCUCAUCGUACCCUCGGGUCCAAGCCCGCUCACAUCGCGUCAGUGUUUCAACCCCAUCGUCCAAGCGAUCCUCGGGCCUAUGCUGAAGUCGUACAAGAACCAGAUCCGGUGGCGGUCGACCAAAGCGCUCUCGUCGAUUCUAAAGCAGCUGCCGUCGCUCGACACCUCUAUGAGCAACAACCUUGACGUAGCCAUCGUGUCCAACAUUGCGUCGCUCCUCGCGGCCGAGAAUGCGUUCCGCGUCCCGAAAGUGUCGGUGGCGAACGCUGCUGUCGAGGACCUUGCGAGCCUCCACUCGAAAUGGGUCUGCGUCACGGAGCACCGAACGUACUUGGCAGCCGAGAACGUCAUUGACGCCGCGCUGGAUGCGAUUGAGGGCCAUGUCCGCGACGACGUUGUGCGCAAGCUCGGCGACGAGAACGCGCUCAGCUGGGGCAUUGACGCGAUCCAGAGCCCGAAAAAGCGGUCGUCGACCGUGUCGUUUCACACGGCUGCGAAGGGCAGUGCCACCAACGACGCAUCCCACGACGUGCCGCUCGGUGUCUGGGGCAUGCUUGUGCCCGUGCAAAACACAGCCUCGGCGACCGAGGAGACGCCGUUCACGUCCAACUUUCAUCUGCGGGCGCCGGUGGUGCGCGUCGGACGUGCGACCGACUCGUGCGACAUUGUCAUCAACGACCGCAGCGUGAGCGGUCGGCAUUUCCAUUUACGCCGGGCGCGCCAAGAUGCGUCCAACGAGUAUUACGAGUUGCAGGAUUUUUCCAAGAACGGCACCAUCGUCAAUGGUGUUCGUGUCCACGGGGCGAGCUUGCGGGUUUCGCAUGGCGCGCGUAUCUCGCUCAUCUUGUCGCGGGGUGGCAUGAUCACGUACGAGUUCCACGUCAUGUCGUCGCAGAGCAGCGCGCCCGUGCUCCUUGACGCACCGUCCACGAGUGGCGCCAGCCUGGCCUCGGAGCCGCAACAGGCACAGCAGCUCGAGUUUCAAGAGCCGCGAAGCCCGGCUGAAGUCCAGAACCGCGGUAUGAUGAGCAACAUCCGUGCACGCCUUGGGCCGCAAGGCUUGCGCCUCAUCACGACAAUUGGCGACUCGGACCUCCCACGGGCGCUCAUUUCUCCCAACCCAGCUGUGGACUCGCCGCGUGCCGCGUCCAACCCGCCGCCGAUCGCAAUCUCGACCCACUCGCCGCGAACACCGGCCAUUGGGUCACCCACGCACCUAUUGCUGUCGCCGGCGUCGUUCCAGCAACGCGAAAGCAGCGACAACGGGCCGGUGCCAGCCAUGGCCAUCAACGAAGCGUUGCGCAUUGCGUUGGGUCGUGACAGCCUCAGUCGCGAUGCCAUCAUGAGCGACGUCUUGGCGCGCACUCGUGUCCUCACGGCGUCUGGGGACAUUGUGCCUGCGAAGAAGACCACGGCGCCCAAGCCGCUCGUGGAAGCGGCCAAGCUCAGUGUCAGCGACAUGGCGCGUGAUUUGUACAAGCGUGUGCGCGACCUCGGCGGCCAAAGCGUCGAGCUGGAGCUCUGUGAGCGCGCGCUCGAAGUGCAAAAUGGCGAUGUUGUCCGUGCGCUCAAAUAUGUCCAGGACCACCUUGGCAAGGCGCAGAGUCUGGGCCUCAGUCCGCAGCACCACUUGGCGGCGCGCAGCCUUGCCCAUAUUGUGGGUCAAAGCACCACCGCGUGCUCGCAUGCGCUCAAGCAGAGCGGCAACAACAUUGGCGUCGCCCUGCGCUCGCUCCUCUUCAACAGGACGGCGCACAUCAGCGAAACAGUGACGCAAGAGCUGAGCCACGAAGACGACGAUCUUGUCUCGGACCAAUUUGACAAGUUUGUGUCGCAGGCCGUGGACCAACUCGCAAGUACGGCUCACGACGCCUGCGAGGAGAACCCGAGCUACCGGCUCCUCGAAACGACGGCGCCGUCAGCGUCGUCCCCGCGCCGGUCGAUCGCCGCGCGUUCAAGCCCGAUGCGUCUCUCGCUUGCGAAAAGCUCCAAGCGCGACGACGUCGUGCCGUGGAGUGCGUGUACCGCGCACAUGGACGAGCGUGUUCGGUUGCUCAACUGGCGCGAAGUCGACUACGAGGAAGAGGUGUUGGGUCACAUGCUCUGCGCGACGCACGCACGCAAGCUGCUUUUGCAAGUGAUUCGUCUCCUCCAGCCCCACCACCAAGCCAACAAGCUCGACGAGAGCAGCCCGCUGUGCUCGUUUGGCGACCGCAACACGCUGCGGCAGCUCGUGCUCUUUCCCGAGCACGCGCCGGGCGACGAGAGCCUCGAUGAGCAGUCGCACCACCGACACACGCAAGGUCGCAUCCAGCAAAUCCUGGCGCGCAUCUCGUCCGACGUCAUGGCGUCGUCGGCGGCGCGGACGCUCGAGGCCAACAUGCGCACGUUCCAGAACGUCUCGACGCUCGCGAGCUCCAUCGACAAGACGGAUACGCUGCUGGCAUCGCAUGCAAACCACAACACGGUGCACGAGGUCGUGCGCACGCUCCUGCUCUCGACGACCGACGACGUGGCGACCAAGCACGCGAUUUGCGAAGACUUGGUGCUCGACACGAUGAUGCACGUCAUCUCCAAGACGUUUAGUGCCAAGGACUACGAGUCCAAGUCGCGUACAAGCGCCAGCAGCAGCCACGAUGGCAGCAGCGAGUACCCGAAAGGACCGUUUCUUGUUUCGUCGGGCCUUGAAGUCACGAUCGUCGCGUCGUACGAGCGCAUUUGGGGCAUUCCGCACCCCGACCCGCUGGUGGUGUACCGCCACAAGUGGCGCAAGAAAGGCGGCUCGCUCCUCGAGAAGGACGCGCGUGUGCCCUUUGAUGUCGGCGUCACGCUCUGGCGACCGGUCUUCCCAGCGUCGUUCCAGACGACACUGCUGGCGCCGGAAAAGUGGUUCGCGCUCGGCGAUGUGGCCAAGGCCGGCAACGACGCGCCAUCGACACCGAUCACCCUUGUCCGCGACAACAAUGACGGAUGCCUCGCGCCGCCCCUCCGCUUCGAGUGCGUUGACGUGACGGGGAAAGGCCUUCCCAAGAACUCGGAGACGGACACGGAGUUUGAGCGCAAGCAGCUGCGCUCGAUGUGGUGGCCGAUUGCGCCGCCUGGGUACGUCGCGAUGGGCUGCAUCGCCGGCAACAAAGAGGCGCCGUUCGACCCGCCGCCAGUGCAGAGCGUCCGGUGCGUCCGCGAAGACUUGGUUCAGUGUCUCGACAGCGCUACAUGCGUAUGGCAGACGCCGAGCGUCGCGCUGUGGUCGGUCGCCGCCGACUACUCGGCGCACUUGAUUGCGACGAGUCCGCAACUGUCACCGCCGACCGCCGUGCCGGUGCUCCAGCUCUCGGACGACGACCGCAUCUUGUGCUCCCCCGUGACCACCGCGACAGUGCUUCGUUUUGUCAACGUUCUCUUGCACGCCAACCAGUGUCUCGGUAGCGCGGGAUCGAUCCUCGUACCGGAGCUCACGUCUGCGCUCUUUGUGCUGGUCAAGCAAGCGCUCUCGGAGAAGCGCAGCUCGCACAUCACGAUCGAGCUCGUGCGCGCGCUUGCGACGCUGAUUCGCCACGGAUGUCCAUGGAAAGACAAGGAAGGCGUACUGUACUGUCGGUCCAAAGUCAUGUUUUUGCACCAAGACCAAGAGGGUAGCUUGAUGCUGAGCUCGCUUCUCCAAGCACUCGUCGAGCUUCUCUUGGUGGUCGACAACCAGAACCGCGCCGAGAAACUUGCGAUCUUCAAGCAGCUACCGCUGUACGAGACGACCGCCACGCUACCGUACACGCUGCAUCGCACCGGGCUCGAGGCGGCGUGUGCCCCAAUGCAUUCACCCAAGAUUCACAUCGAGGCGGGUGCCAUCAGUGGCGAGUGGGCAAUGCAGUACGCAGCGUCACCCGAGGCCGCCAAGCUCGAAGGCAUGGUACCAGACGUUGUCUCGCUGCGUUUGGAGAGCACACCGCUUCUGCACAUCUCUCUCCAGACCCGGGCGAUUGCGACGCUUCGCUACUUUGAGAUUGUCGUCCAAGACGCCAAGCCGCAGAGCGCGCGGCCGGCGGGGUUUGCCCUGGGGUUCGCGACGGCCGAUAUGAUGCUCGAUGGGUCGUCGUAUGUCGGAACGCAGGCAAAGUCGUACGCGUUCGCGCCCAGCAGCGGCAAGACGCUCUGUGGCGAUCCGCUCGCAGACGUGUGGCCAUGGCCCGACGUCGCGUUGCCGCCGACGCCUGGCGACAUUUAUGGCUGCGGUCUUCGACUGGACGCGCACGAGAUCUUCUUCACGAAGAAUGGUCGUCUUCUCGGCACGGCGUUCUCGUCGAUCCUCGGUGACAGCCAGCUGCAGCCGACAAUCUCGAUGGACUGCGACAUGACACUACUGCUCCGCGUCCACGACCAAGUCGCGUUCCCAUUUGACACGACCGAUUGGGACGCGCCCAUGGAGGGCUUUGAGUGGUUUGACCAUCUCAGUCAAGUGUACGGCAUCAUGCACGCACUCGUCGAGAAGACACCACUGCCGGACGAGUUUCUCCUCUCGGCCGACAAUUUCCUCGCGUCGAUUUCACGUGACGUGUGCAAGACGUUUGCAAGCGCGCAUCCGUACGACCUCGAACUGCAGGAAGAGACGGUGCACAUUGCUCUUGCGACCUCGAUUCGCAUCAAGCUCGACCCGCUCUGCGAGACGUCAGGGUCACACUGCCUCCAGAUCGCGCAGGGCAGCAGUGACGAGACUGCGGAAGCCGAAGUGCGCACGUUCACCGGCGCCUGCGGUGGCCAAGAGAUCACGGUGGAUGGCAACGAAUUCACGUGGCGUUUUCCGGUGCAAUCCAACUUUCAGUGCCGCAUUGACCGACUCCGGAAAGGCCCCUACAUCAAGCUGGACGCGCGGGAUACACGGCUGUCGCUCACGCGCGACAAGGGCUGGCAGUCGGCGAUCGGCGUCGCGCGCUUCGACUCGGGCGUGCACACGUGGGAGGUCAAGAUUUCCUUUGUGACAGCGUCGUCCAACAUCUUUCUCGGUAUUGCGCGCAAGGACGUUCGGUUCGACUCGUACCUUGGCAAAGACAACCGCGGAUGGGGCUGGAUCGGUAACCGCGCGCUAUGGCACAAUGGCAGCAAGCAGCGCGGUACGUACGGCGAAAAGUUCAAGACGGGCGACGUCGUUCGCUUGAUUCUCGACUUGAAGCGCGGGACGCUCUCGUAUGCGCUCAACGGCAAGGACCUUGGCGUCGCGUUCGGACCCGGUGGUACCGGGCCCAAGCUGGAGGGCACCUUUUACCCCGGCUUUGCACUCUACAACCAGCGCGACGUCAUUGAGCUCGUGGGCGGCCAUCGCAUGGAGGACAACGAUGUGUCGCUCUCGCACGGCGCGCUGCACGUCCCCGACAUGCAUCUGCACGACGAUGCCAGUGGACUCUACGGCAGCGACGACGACGAUGGCGACGUCGAAGCCACGGCCGAGGCCGUGCCGAAUUACCGCGUCGAGCUCGCGAGCGUCUUGAGCCAAAUGGGUUUUCCCGUGGAUUGGUGCGUCUACGCGCUCAAGCACUGCGACGACGACGCGGAACAGGCCGCCGACUUUAUCCUUGGCAACAUGCACGCCAUGGAAGCGCUCGUGCGCGAAGAAGCCGAAGCGUACAGCCGCCUCCUUGCGACGCGCGAGGACGCUGGUGUGCUGCCGCCUCCUGCGCCGAGCAUGGCGCUCGUCGACGCUGACGCGCCAGACGAUCUCGAGCCCAGUACCGUGUCCGAGCCCGCGCCACCGGUCGCAGUGGAAAAGUGGGGUGUCGCCUUCACGGUCGUGCCCGAAUUCUCGGUCGCGGGACGCCACUUGCUCGCACUCAAGUACGCGCCGGCGCUAGCCGCGCUCCAUGACGCGCACGCGGUCUUUGGACGCGAUCAAGAUGAAGCGAUUGUGAGCUUGGUCAAUGCGCUUUGCGAAGCGCGAGCUGAGGCAUCUGUGGCGUGCGAUCCACUGCGACUGCGACCGGACGAGUUUACGCCGACCGACGACGAGCUUCGCGAAUAUCCGUGCUUGGUGGGGCUGCCGCUCGACGCGCUCCGGUCUCGCUUCCUCGUGCUGCGCAACUUUAACGCGCGGCUGCAGCACGUCUUGUCGUUUAUGGACUUUGCAGCGACCGAGUCGCAGUCGACGCUCACCAAGUGCAUGCGCGAGCUACGAGGCUGCGUCUUCCAGACCGUCAAACUCAACUGGUGGUUUAGCAUUCUCAAAGAGCAGCAGACGCCAGCCGCGGCGCGCCCCGAAAUCGAGGUUGAUCGACACAAGGCGGCCGAGUCAACGUCCGGUGUCCUGGACUCGGUCUUUAGCCAGUGCUUUGCCCAACUGCAGACGCUGCAAGGGUCGCUCCUCCGAGGCCAUGACCGCGCCUUCAAGUGCCAAUUUGUUGGCGAGUUUGGCGACGACUUUGGCGGUUUGUACCGCGAGUGCUUGGCGCAAAUGAGUACGGAGCUGCAGUCCAACAUGCUCCCGCUGCUGCAGCCGUGCCCCAACCAAGUGCACAAGGUGGGCGAGAACCGCGAGUUUUUCGUGCCCAACAUCCACCUCCGCAACGACCCAAAGCUCAUCCAAAUGGCCGAAUUCCUCGGAAAGCUCAUGGGCAUUGCGAUCCGAAGCAAGACGCCACUCGAUCUCAACUUGCCACCGGUCGUGUGGAAGUUCCUCGUCGACCAACCCGUCACGCGCGUCGACAUUGAGUCGAUCCACCACGGUUGCUUCCAGGUGGUCGAUACGAUCAACAACAUCACCAAGCAUGGCAUCACACCGGCCAUGUUUGACGACCUCAUCGACGCGUCGUUUACGGUGCUCUCGUCGGACCGGCGCGAAGUCGAGCUUGUGCCCGGCGGCCGCCAAGUGCGUGUCACGUGGGACGACAAGGACGAGUACGCGCAAGCCGCGGAGGCGUACCGCCUCACCGAGUUCCAACCCGUGUGCGGUGACGUGGCGCGGGGUCUUGCGACCAUCUUGCCGCUGCCGACGCUGUCGCUGCUCUCGUGGCACGAUUUGGCCACGCUCACGUGUGGCAAGGCGACGGUCGACGUCGAGCUUCUCAAGCGGCGCACGACGUACGGCGACGGCUGCAGCGGCUCGGACGCGCACAUUGGUUUCUUCUGGGACGUCUUGCGCGAGUUUACCGAUGCGCAAAAGUCGUCGUUCCUGCGCUUUGUGUGGGGCCGGUCCCGCCUCCCGACGCACGCUGCCGACUUUACGCAGGACUUUAAGAUCUCGGGCAUGCCCAAGGCCGUCGGAAAGGCCGACACGUACCUCCCGCUCGCCCACACGUGCUUCUUCUCGAUCGACAUGCCCGCGUAUACGACCAAGGCGGUCAUGCGGGAGAAGCUUUUAUAUGCGAUCACGCACUGCUCGGCGAUCGACGCCGACAACACGACGGUCGCCCAGCGCGCGGGCCAGGGCCUCAACUGGACGCGCGUGACCGGCGAGACGUAG